GUCUGCCAUCGGCUGCAUCUGCCAGCAUGCGCAGAUCUUCGUCGCCACAGAAAUGACCGUCAAAACUUAUAUCGUUUUCUCGUUACAUUAAGACCCGUUCUUUUGACACAAUGCCGAGUAGCUGGGGGAUCUUUGAGUUAGCCUGCAGGAUGCUAGCAUGCUAAUUGGCCAGUAAAGGGGGCAAACAAGCAGCAGGCUGGUGCGAGCGCCGUUAAAGCUGCUUUAAGGUGUUUUCACCUGGUUUUCUGCUUGGAGAAUAAUGGAAGGAGUCCUUUAUAAAUGGACAAACUAUAUGACAGGAUGGCAGCCAAGGUGGUUUGUGCUGGACAAUGGCAUUAUUUCCUAUUAUGAUUCACAAGAUGACGUGUGCAAAGGAAGCAAAGGCAGUAUUAAGAUGUCAGUGUGUGAAAUUAAAGUUCACCCGACUGACAACACGCGUCUGGAGCUCAUCAUACCAGGAGAGCAGCAUUUUUAUGUGAAGGCUGUAAAUGCAGCCGAGAGGCAGAAGUGGCUGGUGGCUCUGGGAAGCUCCAAAGCCGGACUCAUUGACACUCGAACCAAAAAAGAAAGGGAGUUAACAGAAACCACAGAAUCACUGAAAACCAAGAUGUCGGAGCUGCGUCUGUACUGUGACUUACUAAUGCAGCAAGUACACACUAUUCAGGAGUCAGUCGAACAGCACGAAGAGCCGGCGGUGGCCAACACUGAGACAAGGAACGAGGCGUCCUCAUUACUAAGUGCCACCUGUGAAACCUUCAUCAAAACACUGGAAGAAUGUAUGAAGAUCGCCAACUCUAAGUUCAAGACUGACAUGUUGCAGUCCAGUCCAUCUGAUUCCAUAAUGUCUCCUGUGUCCCCAUCUCCUGUCCAGAUGUCUCGGAUGAAGCGUUCGAUCAGCCAUCCUGGCACCUACAAUUAUGAAAGGUCGAGUUUGCCAAAAGACUGUGUGGCGUUCCAGAAAUCCAGUCAGAGGAGGACGAGGACAUGCUCCGAUACUGAAGCUCACAGCGACAGAGGACCUGACGACAUAGAGCGCUUGAUGUUUCACAGAGCAAACAUCAACGGUGACUCCACUCCGAGUAUCCCAGAAGAGGUUGGAACAAGCACAAAGUUCCUGUCGGAAACUGACACUCCGGAAUCUGACCUUUCCCUCUGAACCACGCAGGACGACUUACGAGAUGGGGAAUAAAAGCGAAACACGUACUGCUGUGCAGUCACAGAUUGCAGCAUUAUAGAGACAGAUUUUACAUAGUAUUUCCUGAUGAUGAUGAAGAUGAAGAAGAAUUUGGUGGCACUUUAUAAAAACAGUAGUCGGAUUUGAAUGUUUAUACUCUUCCAGGUAUUUUAAGAUAUUCGUUUGCCUUGAUGCUAAGAUGUUUUUCCUUUUUUUGUGAUAAAUAAUUAUUGCCGUAUCCCUUCAGUGAAGAGUUUGUACUGGAUUUCUAAUGUGUCGUGCAGAUGCCUUUGUUAAAUGGGAACCUUGCUGAGAGGUUUUUGUUACUGUGCCAAGGGGAUGUGCUUACAUGCUGACAUUAACGUACAUGUUUUUUCUUUUUUUUUUUAUUCACUCAGCAUGCAAUGUUGUUCAUUAGUUCAUGAUGCAGAAUACAUUUAUUUAUUUUUGUAUAUCACUAGAGUUUUCUCCUUCCCCCUAAAAUUGUUUUUUUGCCUUAAUUAAUUCUUCGCAUGGAGGAAUUUGAUCUAUUAAUUAUUGUAAUGUUUGGAAAAAAGUUAUUAAAAAAGCUAUAGCGGGAUUAUGUCCAAAGUGGGUUUUGUAAGUAUGAUUUUUAAAAUUUAUAUAUAUAUUAUGCUCUGUAAUCAGGAGCUUUUCAAAGGCAAAGAGGGAAUUCAUAAUACAAAUGUAGUUUGUGAUUAUUUGCUUUAUUAUUCACUCGGCAUACAGUGUCUGUGCAAUCUUUAUUUAUUCACACCAAAAAAAGUUUUUUUUGCCUUAAUUAAUUGCAUAGAGGAAUUUCUGGAAGCCAGUUUCUGCCAUGAAAAAAUAAAUAAAAAGGAAAUUGCAACA